GUCAUCUGGGUGCUUGGUGCAGGGUGAUCCAGGUGCAGUGUGCUGUAGGUGCUGGGUCGUCCUGGUGCUAGGUCUGAGUGAUCUGGGUACCAGGUAAAGAGGGUGCUGGGUGCUAGGUCAUCCAGGUGCUGGGUCACCGAGUUGCCGUGUCUGCUGUGUGCCAGGCGCCCCGGGUGCUGCGCUCAGUCCCUCCCCCGCCAACUCCCCCGCCCACGCCCGGCCGUAACCGGCUCCGGCCGGCUCAUCCCGGAUUGACCCAGUUCCCAGCACCCGGGGGUGGAAGAUGGCGGAGGCCACGCAGGGGAACCCGGAGGACGGGGAUUUCCAGCUCCUCAUGGACUACGCGCACGGCUUCAUGGUCUCGCAGGUCCUCUUCACGGCCUCUGACCUCGGCCUGUUCGAGGCCCUGGCCCCGGGUCCCCUGGAUGCCGCUGCGGUCGCCCGGGCCCUGGGUUCGAGUCCUCGCGGGACGCGGCUGCUGCUGGACACCUGCGCGGGGCUGGGGCUCGUGAGCGCGGAGGAGGACGGUGGGGGAGGAGGCCCCGCCUUCUCCCUCACGCGUCUCUCGCGCCUCUUCCUGCUGGCGGGCAGCCCCCUGUCUCAGCGCUCGAUGCUGCGCUACCUGGCGGGGACGACGGCGCGGUGCUGGGGCGAGCUGGGCGGGGCCGUGCGGGAGGGGCGGAGCCAGUACGCGCGAGCCGUUGGCGUGGCCACGCGGGAGCCGUUCGAGGCCAUUUACAGGUCCCACGCCGAGCGCCUGCUCUUCAUGCGCGCACUGCAGGACACCUGGAGCGUCUAUGGCGCCCGCGUGCUCACGGCCUUCGACCUCUCGGAGUUCAGGGUCAUCUGCGACGUCGGCGGCGGCUCCGGGGCCCUGGCCGCGGCCUGCGCCCGCCUCUACCCCGCCAGCUCGGUGUCCGUGUUCGACGUCCCGGACGUCGCCGCCGCCGCCCGCGCCCACUUCCGGCGCCCACGAGGGGACCCGGCAGUCCGCUUCCUGGGAGGCGACUUCUUCCGGUCCCCGCUCCCGCGCGCCGACCUCUACGUCCUGGCCCGGGUCCUGCACGACUGGACGGACGCGGACGCCGCGCGGCUGCUGGCGAGGAUCGGGCGCGCGGGCGGACGGGGCUCCGCCCUGCUCCUGGUCGAGGCCGUGCUGACCCCCGGGGGCCGCGGCCCGGCGCGCGCACUGCUGAUGUCGCUGACGAUGCUGCUGCAGACGCGCGGCCGCGAGCGCACGGAGGCCGAGUUCCGCGCCAUGGCCGCCGCCGCCGGCUUCGCCCGCUUCCAGCGCCGGCCUACCGGGGGCGACCUCGAGGUCAUGCUGGCCAGGAAGUGAGGUCGUCGGGGCUGGGUCAGGGCGGGCGGGGCCAAUAAAGCGACUUCCUCUGUG